GCCAUUUUGGGCUAUCUCGGCUACGAAAUGAGUCCAGAGGUUGUGAACAAGAUGCUGGACGACGUGGAUGUUGACGGCAGCGGCACGCUAUCCUUCUCGGAGUUCCUGAUUUUCAUGCGGAAAGUCCGCGAGCAAGAGGUGCAGCGUUUGGAGGAUGAGCUGGAUCGGUUGGCAAAUUCGCCUGCACAAGAUAAGGAGGACUUGCUGACAGGUUUGCUUCGCAUCAUGGGCUACGUGCCAGAUAAGGAGGCUGUGCGCGAUGCUGCUGUCGAUUGCAACAUCAACCUGACCAAGCCCAUGGUGAGGCGAGCGAGCCUCGUUCAAUUCUGCAUGCCAAAUUCUUCGAAAUCGGUCAGCUCUGCAGUUUCCGCUACUCCAACAUACAAGAACACGGUCACCCUCUCAGAAGCUUACCGCUUCUUGGAGGUGUAUCGAUGCCGUGAAGGCUUCACACGAGCAGAAGCUGCAGAACUCCAGGACCAAUUUGGACGCUUUGCGCAGACACCUGGCCCUGCUGAUGUGAUGCGCAUAAGUGCUUUCGACUCUGCCAGAGCAUUGACAUGGCUGGGGUACCGUGCUUCACACGAGGAACACCAACUGAUCUUCUCACAGGUAGAUGUUGGCAACUCUGGCAGUAUCAGCCUUGCCGAAUUCCUGAAGUUGGUGCGGAUCUACCGCCAAAGGGAGCUGGAGGAGAUCCGCGUUUCGUUUCUGAGGAUUGGCCUUGCCGGAGGUGCUGAGCCAAGUGAGGAAGGCAACCGAGCGGCGAGGAACAGCAUGGCAUUCCUGGGUUUGGGCAUCAUGAACCGGGUGCAGACGGAGAAGGCUGGUAAGGGUGCGGACGAUGCGAGGUAUGGUGUGCUGCGCAUGGCAGUGGCCAAACGUACGCAAAUGCGG